AAGAUCAACCUGCUCUUGAUGCCCUCACUUUUGGAGAUACUAAUGUAUCUAAUACCUUUUCCUUAACAUUAACUCUACAUCCAACCGAUUGUAUAUGCGAUUUUCGUAUCAAUGCAUAUGGAUGCCCAGAAUCAAAAACCAUUCUUAAUAUACAUUAUGUUUUGUUGGUAGCUACUAUUUUAAACAUCUUGGUUAGUGGAUGUUUUAUAUAUUCGAGGACUUUUAUAAGAAAACAGCCCGUAUGGUUUGCUCCUACGCGGAAUAGAGGUAUUCUAAGGCCUAGGCCUCAAGAUGCUUUUCACAUCAUUACGGUUGUUUAUGGAUCUUUUCAAACUAUUCACACUAUUUUAAUAAUAACAUCGAUGUAUCCAAAUACUAUAACAGCUGAGAUUGGACAAGAUGUUCCACGGAUGAUUGGAUUUGGGUUAGCCGUAUUGUUGCCAGUUAGCAUUGGCACUCGCACGAUAAGAUGGACUCCUAGUAAAUAUUUUAUCGAUAGCAUAGGUUUCACUUUAAUAUUCGGUCCUUUCAUAACAAUGCUUCCAAUUGCCUACUUGACGGGUUUUUACGCUGAUCGUGGCGCUCCUCCAUUAUCAUCUUCAGGCUCUUUCCUACCUGAAACAAAUGAUUCAAUUCUUAUCAGGGAAAAUGCGACUUUGUUAGCAAAUAAAUUUUUUAAAAUUCACUAUUUGAUUUGGUCUGUUUGGAGUUGCUUCUAUGUGAUAAUUGUCGUUUAUUUCUGGUAUAAAUUAUGCUUAAUACUGCGAGUGUACAUGAGAGAGUUAAAAGAAAGACAACGAUCUGGUGAUUAUGAUGUUGAAUGGAAAUUAAAGAUGAUUGCAAGGGCUACCAAGAAUUUGUCCGUAAUUGCAGCAACGUUCGUAAUAACAAAUGGAUCAUACACUAUAAUGGCUUUCGCAUAUGGAUUAUUCCAACAUAACAUCACAAUAUUCAUUUCUGAAAUUGACAUAUUCUAUUUAAUUAUUUGGUAUUUUCCUUUUCCCAUUCUACUUUCAAUCACUCAAGCCGUUUUUAUUUACAACACAUAUAACCCAACUCCAAAUGGUCCAACAACUGCCUAUAUAUCAACAACGUCUUCCACCCUUGAUAAUGGUGACUCGCUAUCAAAUCUUGAUAAAAAAAUGGAUCUGGGAAUUAUAAUAAAAGCGUUAAAUGGUUGUAAAUAUCUUCCUACUGUUCGCAACAAACAAUCUUCGGAUUCUAUUAAUUCAAAAACUACUGUAAUGUCAUCUGAUCCAACUUUACAAGGAAGUAAAUUUAACGACGAUUCCAUAGAUGAAUUUAAAGUGAAUUAUAGUGGAGACGAAGCAAUGCAUAAAGAAAAUUAUGAUGAACAUGUUGUUUCUUUUAACAAUAAUGUGUCAAUUCCAAAAAAGCCAGAACCAUCAAGACAAAUCAGUUACAAGAGUUUUAAGUCAAAUAAUUCUUAUUAUAGUUGUUGUAGUAAUAUUUCAGAAUUAAAACCAUAA